AAGUCGCAUGGCGCUGGUGUGUGCGUGAAGUUGGUGGAUUACUAGCUUCAAAAUAUCAACAAAUGGCUACUCGCUACACAUAGGCAUCACUUUGCACACCCAAACCGUGUCUCUUUUUUACGCCGUCCUAUACAAAGCAAGCGGUCGUCACCCGGGAUCCACGCUUUUUCCGCUUGUGUGCCACUGAAAACCAUGAGUCCCCAGAAAAGAUCUGUGGAGCAGGACUCUAAUUCCCUCGUAGUACGGUUCGUUAGAGAUGGCGACGUUCUCAACUAUAUAGUCGACAAACAUGGAGUUACUCCACUUUAUUCCAGUUUACACACCCAGCACUGCUCACAUCAGAAUCUUGUGUGUGGUCCCAAAGCAGCAGCCUCCUCGGUCCUAACUUUGGCACCCAAGCGAGGUCGUCCCAAGAAAGAGCAGGCGGCAGAGCCAGAUGAGGCCGAGGAGGUGGAGGAAGACGAGGAGUAUAAUGAACAGGACUAUGUUGAGGCGCUAGGCACCGGCACAGAAGAGGGAGCGGAAAAUGGGACUGCUGCUACAGCUGGGGCUGACGUUUUUACGUUUCAGUCUGUCAAACGAAAGAACAAGAUGGCACAAAUGGCCUCUGAAUGGGCUCGGACCCCAAAGAAGAGUGUCAACUUCAGUGUCUCAGACUCUCCUGAGAAGACCCCCAGUAAAGGCUCUGUCAGUCAAAUGAAGACUCCCCAAAAGGGAAAAAAGGUGCAGUUUGUCUCAACUACACCACAUAGGCUGAGGAAGAGACUGUCAGCUCCCAACCUGAAGUCAGACAGUGACAGUGACUACUCAGCAUCCAACUCCGAGGAUGAGGAGGACGGAGAUGAUGAUGAUGAUAAGGAGGAGGAAGGAGAGAAGAGCAGCGCGGCUGCGGUCCAACCCAAAACCCCUAACAAGUCUGUCACACCCGCUGCUGCUGCCGCCCUCUAUAAGACGCCUGCAAAGAAGAGCAAGAAGAUAGAAGAGGUGACGCCUAAUCUGGUGGAGGAGUACUUCGAGGCCCACAGCAGCUCCAAGGUCAUGACCUCAGACCGCACCCUGGAGAGGCUGCAGACUCCAAAACUGGACCGGGACACGCUGGUGAGACUGCUGGACGGGAAGCCCUCGUGUUACAACACCGAGAUCCAGCAGCUCAACCAGACCUAUGACAAGCACUUCAGCAAGUGGAUGCUACAGUUACAGCUGGGCUUCAACAUGUUGCUGUACGGCCUAGGCUCCAAGAAGCUCCUGCUGGAGCGCUUCAGGUCCUCCAUGCUGUCUGACUCACUGCACCUGGUGGUCAACGGAUUCUUCCCCAGCAUCACGCUCAAAGCAAUCCUGAAUGCCAUCACUGGUGAGGCUCUUGAGCAUGACGGUAGCUUCCGCACCCCCACGGACCAGAUAGACUUCAUUGGCAAAACCUUGAGGAAAGAUCCAGACACCCAUAUCUACCUGAUCAUCCACAACAUAGAUGGGCCCAUGCUGAGGGCGGAGAAGACCCAGCAGGCACUGGGGCAACUGGCCUCCAUUCCCAACAUGCACCUCUUGGCCUCCAUAGACCACAUCAACGCACCACUUGUGUGGGACCAGUCCAAGAUGAGCCUGUUCAACUGGCUGUGGUACGAGACCACCACCUAUCUUCCGUACACAGAGGAGACCUCGUACGAGAACUCACUACUGGUGCAGCAGACAGGAGCCCUCGCCCUCAGCUCCCUCACCCACGUGCUGCGCAGUCUCACGCCCAACGCCAGGGGGAUCUUCAGACUCCUGGCCGAGUUUCAGCUGGAGAACAAAGACAACCCCUCAUACACAGGACUGUCUUUCCAAGACUUCUAUCAGCGUUGUCGUGAAGCUUUCCUGGUGAACAGCGACAUCACGCUUAGAACGCAACUGACGGAAUUCCGGGACCACAAGCUCAUUCGCACCAAGAGGGGCGGAGAUGGCGUGGAGUACCUGCUGAUCCCAGUGGACAUGGGCACUCUGACGGACUUCCUGGAGAAAGAGGAAGUGGAUUGAGCUCAGGGGGUUUGUGAUUGGUCAACCUGCUGUCAACACCUGAGCACUUGUGGGGGGAGGACGCACGUAUGGGCUAUCUCAAGAGUAACUCCCAAUGACAAGAGAACAGAUUUUUGGACCUUGCAAACAGGGGAAGCUAACUGCCUUGUUACCCUCAGCAAGGUGCUCUGGCUCAAAGCCAUUUAUUCACAACUUGAACAGUGACGAGCACACGAAUGAAUGCCAAAUGUCCAUGCCAAGAUCUCUUCUCUGGCUUCCAUUUUCACCAGUGUGUUGCUGCAGAUAUGGACAUUCUUUGAUGAGACACUUGUAAUGUAAAAAAAAGGAAUUAAAAGGAGGUCCAGCUUACUUGACAAUUUUGUGGAAAUUGCCACAGAUGACUGAAGUAAAUGCAACUAUUGUGCUUCAAGUGAACAUAACUUGGAGAAUAAGUUACAUUGACUUAGUUACAGGAUUUCCAGCUUUUUUUCCACAGUAACUUUCUGCAAGUAAGUCAGAUACACACAGAUCACUGCAUUUUUUUUAUCAUGUAACUGUAAAAAAAAGUACUUGUCAAUAAAAUAAUAGCUUUUGCA